AUGCUGCGCUCGAUAGCGGCUCUCGGGUUGAAGCCGUUGUCGGCCCAGGCCAGCCGGACGCUCAUUGUUUCUGCAGUGAGAUGGCUUCCCGUGGUCCAGUUUAACUUGUCCGACAUUGGCGAAGGCAUCGCAGAAGUUCAAGUGAAAGAAUGGCACGUCAAAGUCGGCGACCGCGUCAGCCAGUUCGACAACCUCUGCGAAGUGCAAAGUGACAAGGCCUCCGUUACAAUCACCUCCAGAUACGACGGCGUAAUCAAGAAAUUGCACUACGGUGUGGAUGAUGUCGCCCGGGUAGGAAAGCCGCUGAUGGACAUCGAGGUAGAAGGGGCCGCAGAAGAGGUGAAACAAAAGGAAGAUCCACUCGAUGCUGUAAAGCCGAAGAGUGGCAAGCCGACCGGCGACAAAGAGGCAAAAUCAACAUCUGCUGCGCACGAUAAUGGCAAGGCGCUCGCAACGCCGGCGGUGCGACGAGUCGCGAUCGAGAAUAGCGUUGACCUCUCCAAAGUGACGGGCACGGGCAAAGAUGGACGAGUGUUGAAGGAAGACGUGCUUGAAUUCAUUGGCCAUAUAAAACGAGCGCCUGCCUCUCACUCGAACAAACGAUCCUCGCCAUCCGUCGGGCAAUCUUCGGGACCAGCGCUAAAGCAACUCGGCGAGGACCAGGUCGUCCCAAUCCGCGGCUAUGCACGUGCCAUGAUCAAGACGAUGACUGAAGCGCUCAAAAUCCCACAUUUCGGGUACAACGACGAGAUGAACUUUGACGAACUCGUUCGCCUACGACACGAACUCAAGGAAUUCGCCAAAGAAAAACAUAUCAAGCUCUCCUACAUGCCGUUCAUCAUCAAGGCCUGUUCGCUGGGUCUCGUCGAGUUCCCGUCGCUGAACGCCGUCACCGAUGCCAGCAUGGAGAACGUUACGUGGAAGGCGUCGCACAACAUCUGUCUGGCGAUGGACACACCCGGUGGCCUCGUCGUGCCCAACAUCAAGCAUUGCGAGCAGCGCAGCGUCUUCGAGAUUGCCCAGGAGUUGAACCGGCUGCACGAGGCCAGCAAGCGCCAGCAAAUCUCGCGCGACGACCUUUCCGGCGGCACAUUCUCACUCAGCAACAUCGGCGCGAUUGGCGGUACCUACGCGUCGCCUGUUAUCCUGCCGCCCCAAGUCGCCAUCGGCGCUAUUGGAAAGCUCGAAAAGCUGCCGCGCUUUGACAAGAACGGAAAUAUCUAUCCGGCGCAUCUGAUGAAAUUCUCGUGGUCGGCCGAUCACCGGGUUGUCGACGGAGCGACAAUGGCUCGUUUCAGCAAUCGCGUCAAGCAGUAUAUCGAGAAUCCGUCGACGAUGCUGACGCAGCUUCGC